GUGGGGUGGAUGGGGGCUUCGUCGCCGCUUGGGGGGCUGUAAAAAAAUCAUGUUUCACGUGCUCGACGUCUUUGGGAGCUCCCCCCACGCGGAUCCGUUUAUAUGGGCUGCAGAGAGCCCAGGCGCUUAGUCACACAGACCCACAAAAGCAGACUUGCCGAUAACCAGAGUAUCCCCAAAGCAAAUAUCUUUAAACACCGUCCCUCUCAGAGCCUCCCCAAGCCACCGCUGCCAUUUCUGCCAUAAGCGAGCAGUAGGGCAACAAUUGAGUCCCCAGGUCUUUUAAAAUAUUCUUUUUUAGGACAGCGAUAGAGAUCAACUUUAGAUCCAAAGGGAACACCACUCUCUUCCCAUAGAACAGUACCGACUACACCGUCUGUGCUCAGAGAUCCCCUCAAACAACAAGCAAGGCUGUUUAAAACCGGAGUUCGAGACCUAGUAUGUAAAGGUUAUUUCCUGGGCUGUGCCUUCACGCGUUUUCAACUUCUGCAAGUUGCCGCGCCGGGCGCAGUGCAGAUUCGCCACCACAAGCCUUUAUUACUAUUUAGCUAUUUACAUCGCCUCUCAACUUUUCUCUCAUUCUCAGUUCAACAGCCCUAGCAACCUACUUCCUGAGAAAGAGAAAAGUGAAUCCCAGUGCAAGCUUUAGGCUUGAAACCUGGGGAGAAACAGAACGUUGCGAUGGGCAAGUGGCUCCUUUGUUCUUUCAUUGUUUCUCUAUGAACUGGUGGAUACAAGGACAAACACUUACCUUUUCUUCUUUUUCUUCCAAAAACCAGACGCUCCCAUCAGCCUUAAAAUACACAGUCCACCUUGAGAUAACUAGGAACGUCUGGAGAGUUUGUAUUCCAUUCUUUCUCGUUCUCUGCCCUCUUUUUGCGUAGGAUUAAGUUGCGGAGCACGCUGCUGCACGCCGUAGCCCCCGCCUGAGUGAAUCGGUCACGUUUAGGACCCUCUAAGACCACCUAAUUCUGCCAGUAGAAUUGAGGGUAUUGGAUCUCUAAACUUUCAAAAGGGAAGGGGCCUGCAACUUUCAAGAAAACUCAGAAAUACCCUGAAGUGUUUUUUACCUUUGAUAUUGUACCCUCACCAGAUACUGUUUGCUUUAAAAUGUUUUUAAAAAAAUAUAUUUUAGGAAGAUACAUUUUUGUUGUUUUUCGGCUUCAGUGCAGCACAGCAUUACUUAGACGGAGAAAAGAGCCAGUUUGUAUAGGCAUUUAACAGAGUGAGUGGAUUUUCCAUUCUAUGUCCUGUGCCACGUGUUUUUAAAAACAAACAAAACACUACUACAGAGGAAAGGAGACAAAAGUUUGAAUUAAAAUGUUGUGAAACAACUUUAAAAGAAGCAUUUAUGUGAAAUUUACUAGUGUGAAAUUGUUCUCGGGUUUUGAAAAGUAAGCUUUUCUAAGUUAAUAGACUUUAUUUUCACUCUAUAAUCAAAGAAUAAAAAGCAAAUUUUCUGCUUAGUUCUGUCUAGUGACCAUCUUGAUGGGUAUAAAUGUUCAAACCAUGUUUAAAUCUGAUCAUGAUGUGAUUUGCUGAUGUCAUGAAUAUGAAAUGAUACAUAGCCAUAAAAUCAAACUUGUGAUUUUUUUUUUUUAAUCUCCCGCGUUUUUGUGUGCUCCCAGUAGCGGAAAGCAGAAGACAGUGAUUGGCUCCAGGGCUCCUAGGAGGAUUUGGGCUGAAGCCAAGGGAGCAGGGCCAGAGGAUCCCCUUUCCAGGAACCAUCACGCUGCUUCUGUCUUGUCUUUCCUUUCUCUCCUGUGUGCGCGAGAUUUUAGUGUGGCUUCAGCAGCGGCCCUAGGUUCAGAAAUAUCCGUUCAUUCUUUAACCUCACAGAUGUGUCUAUUUUGGGAGGAAGGAGGAAACAUGUAGAUUCCUGGGCUGCAUUUAUGCUGUAGUUGCAAACACGAAAGAAGAUUUUGUCAAAUUUUGUAAAGCAGCCAACCAGCUAUCCUGAGAGCCUGCAAAAGCAAGCGGAAGACUCUUCCUCUCACUUGGCUAUGUUUUGGAUACCCUUGAAACUGGCAGCAAACCGUGCUUGUGCCUAAGAAGAGGUUAAACCACAUUGAUAUUCAUUCAAAGUGAUUUUGUUAAAACAGAUACAUGCCUGGCUUUCAUGGAGAACCAAAAGGGAGCAGUGGAAGAUUCAUCUAAACUACCAGCCAAACCAUCAUCAACCACUGAAAUGGCCUGCACCAUACACUGGCCCUUUCUUUUCAUUGUUUUUAUGUAAAACUUCUGGAAGCACCUUGAGGACUUUACAUUUUCUUCCCUUGGCUGCAGAAGGAAGUAACGUGCUCCCUGGAAUCCUGACCUGUGGACUUCUCUGGCCAGAGCUUGUGCUGGACGCCCUAAAACGACCCCACCUCUAGUCCAGGCUGGGCAAUCGUGAAAGGUGUACACAUUUCUGGCUUAUCCGUGCUUUGUUACGGGUCCGACGAGAAACUACCUUCCCCCGACCCCACUCCUCAGCAGAGAACCGAAAUCCAGUUGAAUUGUUACACAUUCCUGAGUUGGAGCCUUGAACGCUGCUUUCUUGGUCAAAUAACUUUGUUUCUGGUUGGAAAAGGACAUUCUGGGGGGAGGAAACGAGAGAAAUUGCCAACCAGGAUGCCUUGAGACACACGCAGCAUCUGGCGGAGGAUUAACAUACAUACAUGUGUAUGUAUGCGUCACGUAUAUAUUUACUGCAAAUGGUGGGGAUCAUUUAGUACCCGAGAUGGGAGACCUGAAGUCAGGUUUCGAAGAGGUGGAUGGCGUGAGGCUCGGCUACCUCAUCAUUAAAGGAAAGCAAAUGUUUGCUCUCUCCCAAGUCUUCACAGAUCUGCUGAAAAACAUCCCGAGGACGACUGUGCACAAGCGCAUGGAUCAUCUGAAAGUGAAAAAGCACCACUGCGACCUGGAGGAGUUGCGGAAACUCAAAGCAAUCAACAGUAUCGCCUUCCACGCGGCCAAAUGCACGCUCAUCUCCCGGGAAGACGUGGAAGCGCUCUACACCUCCUGCAAAACCGAGCGUGUGCUCAAGACCAAGCGCAGGAGGGUCGGGCAGGCCCUGGCCACAAAGGCGCCGCCGCCAGAGCGCGCCGCCGCCGCCAGCCCCCGCCCGGCUUUUUGGAAGGACAAGCACCAACUUUGGCGGGGCCUGAGCGGAGCCGCGCGGCCCCUGCCAAUCAGCGCGCAGUCCCAGCGUCCGGGCGCCGCCGCCGCGCGCCCCGCCGCCCAUCUACCUCAGAUUUUUAGCAAGUACCCGGGCUCGCGCUACCCGGAGGUCGUGCGCUCGCCCUGCAAAGCCCCCCUAAACUAUGAAACUGCCCCGCUGCAGGGGAACUACGUCGCCUUCCACUCGGACCCCGCUUACUUUCGGAGCCUGCUGUGCAGCAAGCAUCCGGCCGCCGCCGCCGCCGCUGCCGCCGCCGCCGCCGCCGCCGCCGCGGCCGCCGCUGCCGCCUACUACCAGGCGUCGGCGGCCGGGCCCCAGCCCAAGGCGGCGGGCGGCGCGGGCGGCGCGGGGAGCCUGACCUACCGCUGCAAGCGCAAGCGCGGACCCGCCAGGAGCUGCCUGCUCGCGCCCCACGCCGGCGCCCGCCGCCUGCUGCUGCUGCCCAGGUCCUACAAAGCCAAGGCGGCGGCGGCGGCGGCGGCGGCGGCUGCGGCGGCGGCGGCCGCCGGGGCCACUUGCCUGGAGAGGUUUCAUCUGGUCAACGGCUUCUGCCCGCCGCCCCACCACCACCACCACCACCAUCACCACCACCACCACCACCACCACCACCGGGCCCAGCCGCCGACGCCGAGCCACCCACCCCCUCACCACCCCCGGCCGCAGCCUCAUCUCGGAAGCUUUCCCGAGAGCUGCAGCAGCGACUCCGAGUCCAGCUCCUACUCCGACCAUGCAGCCAACGACUCGGAUUUUGGCUCCAGUUUGUCCAGCUCCAGCAACUCGGUAUCCUCAGAGGAAGAGGAGGAGGAAGGAGAGGAGGAGGAGGAGGAAGAGGGGGGCAGCGGGGCCUCGGAUUCCAGUGAAAACAGCUCCGAGGAGGAGGACUCGUCCACCGAGUCGGACUCCAGCUCCGGCUCCAGCCAAGUGUCCGUGCAGAGCAUCCGUUUCAGGCGCACCAGCUUCUGCAAGCCUCCCAGCGUGCAGGCGCAGGCCAACUUCUUGUACCAUCUGGCCUCCGCCGCCGCUGCAACCAAACCCGCUGCUUUCGAGGGUGCCGGCGGACUUCCCGACCUCAAGAGUAGUGUCAAAGCCGAGUCGCCAGAGGAGUGGAAUCUUCAGAGCUGGGCUCCCAAAGGGGCUCCGGUGUACUGCCCGGCCAGCAUGGGGAGUUGUUUCCCAGAGAUAAGAAACGAUAGGGUAUCUGAGAUUACAUUCCCACACUCUGAAAUUUCCAGUACUGUAAAGAGAACUGACCUGACAAUUAACUGCCUGGCAGAGGGGGCCUCUUCACCUAGCCCAAAGACAAACAAUGUAUUUCCACAACAAAGAAUACUGCGAGAGGCUAGGAGAUGCCUACAAGCAACUCUCACUACACACUGUGCAGAAAACAGCACAAUAGCUGCUCGGUUCUUAAAUAAUGAUUCUUGUGGAAGAGCAGCAAAUUCAGGAAAAGAUUCCAAAAUCCCUCUUUGUCCUGAAUUUUCUAUGGAUUUGCCCUCUUCACAAACUGAUCCCGAAGUGGAUGCAGCAGCAGCAACAGCAGCAGCAGCAGCCGCAGCAGCAACAACUAAAGCUGAGAGUCUCUGUACUGACACAGGCGACAAGACAUUGCCAUUUCUGCACAAUAUUAAAAUAAAAGUAGAAGACAGUAGUGCUAAUGAGGAAUAUGAACCUGAUCUUAUUACAGAUAAGCUAAAGUGCGAGUGCAAUGACACAAAGGGUGAGUUUUACAGUGUGACUGAGAAGAAAGAGGAGGACGCCUUGUUACCCACAGCCAAGGAUGGCUUUGCAUGCCCUGAGAAAGAAACUCCUUCCUUCAAUCCACUGGCUCCGAGUCAGGGCCUUUCAUGCACUUUAGGAUCUCCAAAACCUGAGGAUGGGGAAUAUAAAUUUGGUGCCAGGGUGAGAAAAAAUUACCGGACACUAGUACUGGGCAAACGACCAGUCCUUCAGACACCUCCAGUCAAACCAAAUUUGAAAUCAGCUAGAAGCCCUCGUCCUACAGGUAAAACUGAGACACAUGAAGGAACACUGGAUGACGUUACAGUUUUAAGCAGACGGAAAAAGGUAGCCAGCAAUGUAGCGUCGGCCGUGAAAAGGCCAUUUAGUUUCAUGGCCAAUUUUCCUUGUCCACCAUCACUCAUUCUUGGGAAGGAUGGGGAUCUGUGGCCUGCGUAUUCCUUAAACACCACUAAGGACUCCCAACCUCCACACAAGGCCCAUCCUGUAUGGAAAUGGCAGCUGGGCGGUUCUGCAAUACCUCUUCCACCUAGUCACAAAUUCAGGAAAUUUAAUUCAUAAAAAUGUUUUGGAAGCUAUUUUCUUGAACCAUACUACCUUCCUUUUGUUGUAACUGCACAGGAUGGCUUGUACAAGUCCAUUAAUGGUGUUACACCCCUUUGGAGUCCUGGUUUAUCGCAUUUUGAAGACAGAAAUCGGAUUACUUUUUUUUUUUCCCAUUGCGGAUUUUUUUUUUGGGGGUGGGGGUGGGGUGGGAGAAGGGUUGGUUUACAUACCACAGACUACUUCAGGCUAAAGACUCAAGUAAAACCCAGUUAUUCUGGUAGAGCUGGGACACUUUACUGUUUCAGUGCUAAUGCCUCGGUACCUCAGUUCAACUGCUACAAAUAAAUGUCAAAAGGUUGAAUAAUAAAUAUUACAAUGAGCCAUUAAGUUUAUGCACUAGAUUUCAGACCUGAAAGCGUAACUGGUAUUCAGUGAAAGUUUGUUAGGUUACGUGGUUGCACAAUGAGGUAGCAAGAAGUUCCUGUGAGCACAGUGUAAUUUUCUGGAGCUCUUCUUUGUGGGUGUCUCUUUUUUCUACCCUCAUUCUCUUUCCAAGGGUAGUUGCACUUAACUUUUUUUUUUUUUAACAGAAAGAUUGGGGUAUGAGUCCUGAUUGGAUGCUGAUUAGAAAGCUGCCUCUUGUGUGAGAAGUAAAAGAACUAUGGGAUUUUUUUUUUUAAGGAUGGGUUUUUUGGGGUUUUGUUCGUUUGUUUGUUUUUUUACCUUUGUGGUCACUCCUUCCAAUUGGAAAAUUCCUUUCUGUGCUCUCACCCAAACAUUUUAGAUAGGAUGACGUUUGCCGUGGUCCUGCUUACCUUGUGGUCUGAAGAUAACUCUUCAAGCUUUCAAAACAAUUAAAAUGUUCUCUUAAAGCAGGAUAUUUAAUGGCCUAACUCAUCAUAGUGACCAAACAGUAAACACAACCAAGAAAAAGAGGGGUGAGGGUUGUAACACCCCAGCUGGAAAGUAACAGUUAUUUCAGGGCUUUUUGGUACCAGAACUCAGGCACUUGGAUUUUAUUACCUUAUGCUUUUUUUCUGCAUCUCUCUAAACUUCUGUUUUCAAAAGGCCAUCCUGUGUAUAGAACAGGCGAGUUUCUACUGCACGUGACAAUCAGAGGUGACUGUCUGUAUUUGCACUUAAAUUGAAGUAGCUCCACAUGCAAAUGGUCUACCCCUUGGAAAGGCCAGGCUGGUGUGCUGGGUUGUAACGAGGAGAGCAGUAAAUCAAAAUUAUGGAAAUUUGCACUGUUGAAAAGCAUGCUUUAGCUUUAUUUUCAAUUAAAAACACUGUUUAAAAUUCCUGGUUCCAUACAUUUCUACUUAUUCCAGAUUGAAGAAGGGUUAACAAGAAUGAAUGGUUUUGUUGACAUUUUCACUUGUAAUGUUUUUGCCUGAAAGAAAUGCAUUUAUUGGGUGCAGGGUUUUGUGGUAAUACUUUGUGAUGAGACCAAUCAGGUUCUGGGGAUAACACUGGCAGAUUUCUUCUCAACAGAAAAACUUUUCAAACUUGUUAUAGACAAACUACUAAAAGUUUUAUAUUUAAGAAAGUAAAGAUCAGUUGUUAUUUUAAUGAAAGUUGAAUCUAGUAAGUCUUGAGCCACCAAAUUAUGUAUCUCAGAUCCUUGUUAUCUUUAGUCUAAGAAGUUGCAUCUAUAGACCAUAAAUCACAAAGCAAAACAAAACACUAAUGAAAUGUUUACUAUGUGAAUUUAAAUCAUUAUUUCUCAUGGAAAUUCAGCUAUUUAUUUUUCUUAACCUUUUAAUUCCUACUUCCUUUGAAUUUUUCCCUUUGUCUAUAAAUGUUUCAGAUAGUUCUGGAUGGUCUCAGACCUAAUUGCUGUGCAUGAUCUGUGGGUGUCCUCCUAUUGGAAAGGACAGAGGCUGAGAAUGCCCACAUCCAAAUACAUUUGGAUGAAGUAAACAGAUGCUUUGAACUGCCUCCCAUCCUUUCUUUCUUGAAUGUUGCCAGAUGCAGACUCACUGGAUCACUUUUUUUUUUUUUAUUGGAAUCAUAGAUAUGGUCAAAGUAAAAUUGGGGAUGUAAUCCUUGAAUUCAUGUUUGUAUAUAAUUCCAAAGACUGGUCCAUAUUCUCAGUUAAAAGUCCCAGAAAGCUGAGCAACUGGCUUCUGAGCCUGAGUCCUUUCCUCUUUGGAAGGCAAUGCAGACCGUGAGUUGUCUUAAAAAAGAAAAGAAAACAAAAACAAACAAACAAAACCACCAGUCUGUAAAAAGUGUGACAUCCACACAGGGAAGUCUGUAAUUUCUACUCUGUAAUUAGUGCUAAGACAAGAAAGUUCAAGUACAGUGACUUCUCAGUUUAGUCCAGGACUUUCUAUGUUGGCUACAGACUUACCAAAUUAUAAAUAAUAUAUAUUUAUUAUUUAUAAUAAUAAGAUGGAAUAAACACAAAGUAGUACAAAUACACCAUAGACUUCUGGACAAAAUAUCAGCCUCUAGCUUGGCCACUUGGUCUUCAUUCCUCAGAGAAUCAAUAGUUUCCACUUAUAGGAGCUGGGGAAUGAGCAGUAUGGAGGCCCAGGCAUGCCAGAGUGAUACCAUCAAAAGGGAAGACAUUGACUCAACAUAGAUUUUACCCCACACUGUUCCUACAGGCCAUCAGCCACAGCAAACCCUGAGCUGGGGCUUCUGUCAGGAAAGUGUACCAAAUAGGAAGUCUUAGUGUGCAAAUAUAAGGUAUUCUUUCAGUUCUUGGUAGCCCUCAGCUGGUUUUCCAUCCUGCUGUGGAAAUUAUUCCCAGCACAGUUUAUUUUAUUUGGGUUGUUUUAUGAUUAAAGACAAUUUCUAGGUC